AAAAACACGUCGCCAAAGAAGCUCAGUUGAACCUUGGUCCCAUAGGGGCAUCUCCUAUAGUGAGACUUCCUCGUCAUAAGCUGGCUUUGGGAGCCCUAGUGAACAAUCCCCGCUACCCGCUAUUAAUAGGGGAGAAACUUGGGCCAACUGCUUUUUAAACCCUCUCUUUCUUUUGUUCCUAAUAGGAACAACCCAAUACCCCACCUUUUUAGAGAAGCUCAGCCCACUCUCUUAUUAAGAGACAUAGCCCGAGAGAAACUAGGCUUCAGUGUGCUAGUAGGCCCACCCAGAGGAAAAAAUUGUCUUUUAGUCUUCAACCUGGCCCACUUGGUCUUUAGGCCAAGUUAUCCACCCUCGAAGAUCCCUCCUUUGCCAAAAGGCUUCUUUCCUUCCAACCUUAAACCUUCAAAAACCCCACUUUUUCCAACGUUAGAAACCCCAUUCACCUUAAUGGCAACCUCUGGUAGAGAAUCAGUAGCUUGACCUUCAGAGUCUUUUUGCAUGGGGUUGACCUUGGACUUUCGAGGCACCAAGCCAUUGUCCCUAUCAACUGCAGCUAUAGUAGGGAUUCCUUCUCCAUAGAAACCCUCAUCCACACGCACCAAAGCGAGUGAAUCAGUCCCCACUUCUUCCUGCUCAAUGGAAACCUUGUUCAUCGGCGCAACUCCUGUCUAGGGCUUCACAUCAGUGGCUACCUAUAAGGCGAAGAACCACACCAAGUCCUCCCACCACAAUGGGAUGGAAAAAGAAGCUAACCCUGCUAUCACCUCUAUUCUUCCGGGCACCUCACAAUUUUCUAUUCAUAUCAAAGCAAUCAUAUCAAAGAAUUUCUCUAUGUGGGUUAAGGUAUAUAUAGGUGGUGGUUAUAUGCAUUUGAUUUAUUUCAUAGAGUGGUUGGGUAUUGGGUGAGGGAGGGAGUAUUUUUUUGUACCCUCUUUUCUACUUCUUGCUUGUUUUAUUUGUAUGUGACCUAUAUACUCUUGUGCAUUUUUUUAAUACAAUUUCUUACUUAUCAGGAAAAAAAAACAACAAUCAUAUCAAAUAAAUGAAUCACAUGAGAGAAAAAUACAAGUGUACCUGAGCUGCCCCUUAAAGCGCUUUCAUGAAAACAUCAAAGUUAGUUUGACAAAUAAUACAACAUACAACAUGCAAUUCAUCUCAUUCAAAAAAACUAAACAAUAACCAAAGCAUAGGAAAGCAUAAUCAUACAUGAAUAGGUUUGCAAACUAAGCAUGUCUAUUUAUAGAACUAAAAGGACAAAAGAUGUGGGGGACAUACUUGAAUAGCAUGCAUAGUUUACAAGUUGCUUGCAUAUAACUUGAGGAGUUAGUUUAUAAGCAAUAAUAAUUAGUAAAAGAAUAACAUGAUUAAAACCUCAUAUACUAUGCAAUAUAUAUACUGCUUAAAUGAAAUAGCAAGAGUCUAAAGAAAUAUCAACUAUCACAUAUGAUACACAAUACUACCCAUUGUUAAGGUUAAUUAAUGUACAAGAUAGCUAUGAAUGCCAAAAUUAGGGAUUAAGACAAAGUAUGCAACAAAGGGGUAGAGUAGUAGCAUCCAUAAGAAAAAUCCCAAAUAAAUAUCUAGAAGCAUUAAUUCAUCAUAUAAAAAAUUAGGCAACAUCCUCAAUAUGUCCAUAUCACAAUACACAAGCCAAAGUCAAGUCAAGAUGAGUCAAUUAACUUCGGAUUAAAUAAGAAAGUGAGCAUUGUACAGAAAUUCUAGCACACAGUUAGAAUAGAAAGAUUCAUAAAAUAAAUCUUAAAAAUAAAUCUAGAAGGGGAAUUUAAUUACACAAAAAAUUAGGAAACCUCUUCUAUGUAUCUAGAUAUCAUCCAAUUGGCCAAAUAAUUUAUUGAAGUCUCAUUUCAUCCCAGUUCACAAAAACAUACAAGAAGGUCCAAAACAAGACAGAAUUCCAUGGCAUGCAUAAACCAAUUUUUUUAAUCAAUCAAGAAGUGUAAUAAAAUCAUAUAAAAAAUUAGAAUUCAUGUUCAAAAAGUCUAAUUUACAAGAAAAACAAUGGCAAGAUUAGAAGGCACACGGAUCAAUUCUAAAAACAAGCAAACAACCCCUCUAUUCAAAUUCUAAUUAAUGCAAUGGGUACAACAAGGGAAAACUAGUUCUCUCAGUUGGGGAGUCGGUUUUUAAUGAAACAAGUGCCUUAAAUUAACUUUAAGAAGUUUAGAAUAAAGGAAAAAUAUCAAAACAAAUUUACAUAAUCACCCACAAAUUUAUUUUUACAAAAAUAUUUCAAGUGUCCAAAAUUGGGUGAAAAUUGAACCCGCUAGAAGAUUAAUUUAUAUCUCCCAUUUGAAAAUUGUUUUUUGACUCAACUAAAAUUCUAAAAACAUUUUCAAGAAGUCCACAACACCGUACAAACAUCAAAAUAAUUUUAGAAAAGCCUUAAGCCAUUUGAUUCUAAUUUUUUAUUCUGAAAGCCAAUGAGUUGAACAAACAGUGGUAGUAAAGCUUUUGUUCGAAAGAAACAAAAAAUUAUUUGAAUCCUUAACAGUCAUCAAUCAAUGGAAAUCAACAAUCUGUGUGGCAUAUGCAUCCACACCAACCAAAGAUAAACCUAAAUCUAAACAAGAUGGAAGGAAAGGAAGAAGGUAAAGAGAUGAUCGUAAACAAUAAGUGCAAAAAAAAUAAAAGAAAAGAGAACAUACCUCUCCUAGCCUCUCAAGACUUUACCUUUACCUCUCAAGAUUUCACAUUUCUUUUCAAGACCUCACAUUUCUUCUUCCAACUCCACUUUUCAAUGGCAUGUGAGUCCACUUCUAUGUGCAACUACCACCUUCUUUUCUUUUGAAUCUCCAAAACGUCCACACCAAGAGAAUCCUCCAAUGAGGCUAAUUCUGCACCUGAAUCUUGUCACCAACUUUUCUCCUUGAUAACGAUUGAUUUAGGAGAAAUUGUCAACCCUUUCUCUUAGCUUUCCACAUCUUCAAGAAUCAUCUUGUUUUAAUAUCUGUGGCAAAAUUUAUCCUCAAAAAACCUGAAAAAAACACCUAAGUGAACCUAACCUAAAAAUGGUGCCUAAGUGACCUAAGCCUAGAAACAUCUAAGUGAAGAAACCUAAACUAAACAAAAGGCCCUUGAUGGUGGUUCAGAAAAAUUAGGCCGUAUGAGUGUCAAUGGGCCACUAAGGGAUGACCACAAGUCAAGAAAGAAGCAUGGGAAAGCACCUAGUAGCACAUGUGUUAAGAAAACAAAAUGAAGGUUCUACACAAACACUUUUGUAGUUGUUCAACAAUCCCUCCUAUGUCCACUCUCCUCGAUCUCGUCCCAAACAAGAGAGCUUGGUCAUUAUUUUCUUCAAACAUAUUUAUGGUAAAAUCCCUCCUUUUAGCCCUAUCCAAUCUACUAGGUCUUGUUCAUUUAUCUCCAACAAAAUUCAUAUGGUAUUUGUAUGGCUAGUGACCAACAAGAAGAUCAACACUAACUUACUAUAAUUGAGAAGUCCUCAUGAAUCCCUUAGUCUUAAUCCUUAUACUAUGUGUAUAAGGAGUGGCGAAUCAGUCACGAUAUCCUAGAAACUUAUGGAAUGCAUUCUCUUUGUCCGGCAGUGUGGUCAAAGCAUAGAAGGUGGUUGUUGAUGUCAAUGAUCUGUCUCAAUCCUUUGGCUUGUGAUUCUUUUGAAGAUUGAGAUAUAGAAGAAUAGUGCUUGUAGUGUUCGUGAUGCCGGUAUCCUCCCCUGGAGGUAGGUGCUGGUUCGGUGUCGAGUUGAAGACGUUUGAGAUUAGCAUAGAGGAGCACAAAGGAAAAGUGCAUGGGAAAAUCUGUGAAAGAGGCCCUAAGUUUUCUUCAUGGAUCAGAUUUGGAGGGAAAGGUUUGUCCCUACUGUUAGAAGGGGUUGAGUCAUGUUGUGGGCUAAAGGAAAGAGCUCUUUUCAGGAAGUUUUGGUCGGAAGGAAAUAGAGGCUACUGUCUGGAGCUCCGUAGAAACAAUGCAGGGCGUUUCUUGUUUUGUGUUGUUAGAGAUGCAGAGAACAAGAGAUUCUCCUUGGCUUUCCCUAAAGGAAGAGAGCUUGUAGGAGGAUGGAAAGUUCUUGCUAGUAAGCUGAGAAGCUUGGGAGUCUCUCCCCUGCAAUGGAAUGGAGCUCUGAUGGAAAACCUCACUCCUGCUCAAGCCCCUAGUAGUAGUAUAAUCAGAGGCUCUUCCUCUCUACAGGAUUGCCCCACGCCGCGUGACGCCGUCUGGAUAAAAGCUGAGAAAGAAGCUCUCGUUAGAAACGAGGAGUUGCUGGGCAGGUGCCUUGUGGGCUUUUGGAAAGGAGACUCUGACCGCUUCCCUAACCUUGCUUCCUUCGAGUCGUGGGCAAAAAGCUCCUGGUUCUUGGAAGGGAACCUUUGGCUGUCAAAUCUAAGAGAAAAUCUCCUCCUUGUAGAAUUUGAGUUUGCAGAUGAAGCAAAGAGGGUGUUUCAAUCAAGAGCGAGAUGCUUCAGAGGAAGAAGCUUCUGCCUAGAAAAGUGGAAGCCUUCUGUGGGUUGUUUUGAGGGAGACAGAGGGGACCCGCGCCUUGUUUGGGUCAGAAUUCUUGGCCUCCCUCUGCAUCUUUGGGGAAGAAGUCUCUUCAGAAAGUUUGGAAACUCUUGCGGAAGGUUCGUGGCUGUGGACGAAAACACAACCGAGCAUCGGAACCUCAAGUGGGCCAGAAUCCUCGUUAAAAUCAGAGGAUGGAAUCACCCAAGCUCGCUGCAGGUUGUAGCUGGUCCCCUUUGCUACGCCUUGCAGCUCUGGUGGGAAGACGAAGCCUGCAUCUCCACUGUGCUCCCCUCCCAUGGAGCCGAUGCUUGGAAGCUCGAGGAUGAUGAGGCGGCCCUGUCACGUGCCAAGGGGAGCGUAGGCGCCCAACCCUCACCUUCAGUCACACCGCAACCUAAAAAGCUACUCCCGCUAGUCAUGGGAAGUCGUGCCCCUCCCUCGAACAUGACUUGUGCAGCAGCCCCCCCUCCCAUGCCUGCGACGUGGUCACAAGCUGGCGUAAGGGCACCAUGGCCCAUUCGAGCUUGGCCUGUGCCUUUCCUUUUGGGCCUGGGCUUGGGAAGGCCCAAGCCUCAGCCUCUUUGGGAUCACUUAAUCCCCUCGGCCCAGCCCCUUCUCUUGUCUUAGGGCAUGAAAGCCCCAUCUGCUCGCCGCGACGAAGGAAAUGAGCCCCCGCUCCUUCUCCAGCCCCUGCUUCAUCUCCAGUCUCCGACAAGCGCCCUCUGAAGGAAACGUUACCCUAAAUGGAUGCGCCGUCGCGUGCAAAUGGGCCCCCCCCCCCAAUCGGAGCUCGCAACCCUCAAGAUAUAUGUUGUGAGGUAUAGAUUGCAUCGUAUGAAGAAAAAACUAAAAGAUGAACUGGAGGACAAGAACACAGUUCAGGAGUAUAUAUGCUCCACUUGUGGGAAAAGGGAGCAUUCCCUGAUGGCUUAUGUCCAGAUACAAUGCUUUAGAUGCACUGCGACUGAUAUCUAUGGAAGAUGAAUAUUUUCACUGUGAAAGUUGCAAUGGAGAACUUGUAGCGGAGAGUGACAAGUUAGCUUCUCAAGAGAUAGGUGAUGGGGAUGACAAUGCCAGGAGGCGGUGACAUGAAAAAUUGAAAGACAUGCUUCAAAAAAUGGUGUGAUUUUUUGUGAUUACUCCUUUCUUACCAUGUUGAUGAUAUUCAUUUGCCUACCUUAUUUUCUGAUCAGUUCAGCUAGUGCAGGAAUAAGUAUUUUUUUCCCUGAAAUUCCACAACAGCAAAUCUAUGUUUAUAAUCUGAAAUAGGCAUGGUUUUGUAACUAGUUCAAAGAGAAAAUAUCUUAAUGGCUAUGAUUAAAUAAUGUUUUGGCUGUCUACCAUGAGUCCCUUUUGCCCUGUGGGACAGAAUGGGAUGGACUGGGAAGGCUUUGGUAAUCAA